AUGAGUCAAUAUCCUGUUCCCCCUCCGUCGUACGGAUCGACGCCCGCGAAGCCCAACUACCGUGACGAUGUCAAUGAGCCCCUUCUCGGUGGGCCCAGCGGUUCGGCUAUCUAUGACCAACCAGCGCCAGGGGACAUCCCGGACGACUUUAAGUAUGGGACGACCGUUUCUGAGAGUUCUCCAGAGAUCCGCGCGGCGUUCGUGAGGAAGGUGUACACUAUCCUCGUUUGUCAGAUCCUGGCAACCACCAUUGUAGGAGGCGUCAUUUCUCAGUCGCCUUCCACGGUUCUAUGGGUUCAGACGCAUACUUGGUCCUUCUAUGUUCCUCUCUUCGGUACAAUCGUCAACCUCGGUCUCUUGUAUUGGCAACGCCAUACACACCCUUGGAAUUUCGUGCUCCUGUCGACGUUCACGCUGAUGGAGGCGUUUACCCUGGGCGUUGUUGUAGCGUUCUAUGAUAACACGAUCGUGAUGCAGGCGCUGCUCAUAACCCUCGGCGUCUUCAUUGGACUGACACUCUUCACCUUCCAAUCCAAAUAUGAUUUCUCCGGCAUGGGUCCCUUCCUCUUCGGCGCCCUAAUCGCUUUAUGUAUGACUGGUUUCGUCGGGAUGUUCUUCCAAUGGAGCCGCACGACCGAUCUGAUCUUCGCCGCUGGUGGUUGUCUCCUCUUCAGCGGCUACAUCGUCUACGACACAUACACCAUCAACAAGAGGCUCUCCCCCGACGAAUUCAUCAUGGGCGCCAUCAGCCUUUACUUGGACUUCAUCAAUUUGUUCCUCAAUAUCCUGCGUCUGCUCAACGAUCUCCAAGACCGUUAA